ACUUUCUUUUAAGUGCUAACAAGUAACAACUACUACUAGCAUGGUACUACUACCCCACCAAAAAAACACUUUUGCUUAGCACAAAAAAAAAAAUCUACACUUUUGCUUUGUUAGUUGUUACUUGUUAUAUUACACUUCUAAGAUCAUAAGAUGGAGCAACCACAAUGUAGUGGUGGAUUUGAAGACCCGGCAACAUCUCCGGACUCGCCUUCGGGUGGGGCCCACUCGAGUAAACCCCGAGGGUCGGGAACGAGGCACCCGGUGUACCGAGGAGUCCGGAAACGUCGAUGGGGUAAAUGGGUAUCGGAAAUCCGAGAGCCUAGAAAAAAGACCCGAAUAUGGCUCGGAUCAUUCCCAAUACCCGAGAUGGCUGCCCGGGCCUAUGAUGUGGCAGCCCAUUGUUUAAAGGGCUGCAAGGCCCAACUCAACUUUCCUGGGGAAAUAGACUUCCUACCCCGGCCCAUCUCAUGUUCUCCUAGGGACAUCCAAGCGGCUGCGGCGAAGGCGGCCAACAUGGUGGUGGAAGGGAAAGACGGCGGCUGUCCGCCGUCUGAUCAUUAUGAUCAUGAUCAUCAUGAUGGAGAUGAGAUUGAUGAUGAUUUUUGGAGGGAGAUUGAGCUCCCUGAGUUGCUGGAUACAGGGCAAGGAGGCAAGUUUAUGGAUUCCUAUACUACUUCAUUCAAUGAUGAAUUUUAUUAUUAAGUAUUUUGCAAUAGAUAUUAUUGUUUAGAGGCUUAUCAAUAUCAUGUUCAGUCAACAUUUUUUUGUCAUUCUUUUUCUUAAACACAUGUUAAAUUUGAAGCUCGAUCAUAGAUUUUGUGUAUAUAUCUCUGUUCAUCCUUUGUCAAACUUGUUUAUGUGUAUAAAUCUGUGCUAUACAUUGAAUUUUAAUGACUUCCAUGUAUGAUCUGUUUAUGUAUCUCUAUCAAAUAAUCUUGUUGUGCGUCUA